ACAAAUCCACAAUUAUCGCCAAUUUUGUUGUUACCAUUCCAUUGGGUGCACGCUCUUCCCAAAACCCUAGAUUCCCUCCAAACAGAAAGCUACGAUGCCAACCCUCACCAAUUUCUACUCCAUCAAAGAUUUAUCCCAGCACACUACCAAAGACGAUUGCUGGAUCCUCGUUGAUGGAAAGGUAUACGACGUGACACAGUAUUUGGAUGAUCAUCCCGGUGGAGAUGAUGUAAUCCUCGCCGCAACCGGGAAAGACGCAACAGAAGAAUUUGAAGAUGCUGGCCACAGCAAAAGUGCUAGAGAACAUAUGGAGCAGUAUUGUAUUGGUGAGCUUGACACAUCUUCUCCAAUUUCCACCAAAGAAAAGUUCAUACAACUCACUAAGCAAUAUUGGGUUGUUCCGGCAACCGUCGUCGGUAUCUCGGUGGUAGUAGCUUUCUUAUACUUACGUAAGAAGUAGCACUACACAAGUCUGCAAUUCAAUUUUUUUGUCAUUGUUACAACAAACUUUGUAUUGCUAUGAAGGAUAAUUUGGCUUAUUUCAAAACAGUAAUGAUUGAUUAUAUGCAUGAUAUUACAUUGGAGGUUUGAUAAUUAAAAAAAGGUCUUUAGGAUCACAUUUGUGUA